AUGUUCACCUCAUCGCACCUACAAGCAGUGCAAUUGCCACAGCUGUUCGUUCUAGCAGCGAUCCUCUACAUCGUCAACAUCUUUGUCUACGCCUUUUUCUUCUCCCCCGUCAGGAACAUACCUGGUCCAUGGUAUGCUCGAGUAUCGAAGCUUCCCCUACUCCACGCCACCUACAAUCGGCACCGUAGCAAGUAUGCCAGUAAUCUCCUGAAAAGAUAUGGUCCGAUAGUUGUCAUCGCCCCAAAUCAGGUUCAUACAACCGACUCCGAGGCUAUGAAAGUCAUAUAUAACCGCAAGUCGCUCAAGACGCCCUUCUAUACAAAUAUGGGGAGCUGGAAAGGUGUUACUUCGACCCUGGGGUUUGUGGACUAUCCUUCAGCAUCAACAACUCGGAACAACCUCAUCCAGAUCUUCCAGAACCGGAAUCUAGAGACUCUGGUGGAGAAUAUAUCAUCACAUGUAAACGACAUGUGCCACAUUCUCCAGUCAAGAUCCAAAGCGAACGAGGAUAUCGAUGGAGUGGUGUUAUUUCGGUUGCUGGCGCUUGAUAUAGUCUGCGACGUCUUGUGGAAUGAACAGAAGCGAUUGUUACCGGAUGCAUCGAAAGAUACCCCGGUGUUCCUGCGGAGAUUCCACGCAUUUUCCACCUACAAUGCAAUGAAGUCUUUCAUCCCAGGAUUCGACACAUAUACCAAAUAUCUGGGUACAGCAAAGUGGAAGCAGCUCCGACAGGAUUGCAGUGAUAUGGAUGUCACCGCGAAAGAUGCUCUACACCGCUGGGAGGAUCGAGGRGAGUCUCGCGAUCGGGAUGUCUUGAGUAUGUUCAUCUCGCUGGAUGCCACUGAGAACGAGAAGAAGCGGGUCCCUAAGGCACACAUUCCAGCUUAUAUGGUAGAGAUGUUGGCUGCGGGAAGCUCGACCACUUCGCAUACAGCAACAUUCACUUGUUAUGAGUUGGCGAGACAUCCAGAAGCGCAGCAAAAGCUGAGGAUGGAAUUGGAGCAUGUUUUCCCAGAUGGAGAAAACAUUGACGAGAAGAAGCUGAUGGAUUUACCGUAUCUUGAUGCAGUGUUGAGGGAAACGAUGAGAUUGAUGCCGAUGAUUCCAGGUCCGCUGGAAAGAUACAUCUCCGAGCCGAUCGAAGUCAAUGGUCUAGAGGUCCCACCAGGCGUGAUAGCAUCCACAGCAGCCUACGACCAAGGUCGAAUACCGUCCAUUUUUCCCGAGCCGGAAGCUUGGAAGCCUGAGCGCUGGCUUGAGGCAACUGAUGCCAUGCACCUCAAUUGGACUCCGUUUGGCUACGGAUCCCGAGCUUGUCCGGGUUCAAAUCUUGCCAUCACAGAACUCAAGUACAUGCUCGGAAUCAUCUUCCGUAAGUUCCGGGUGGAGCCUCCGAGGCAGCACGAGCAAAAAGAGCUGGAUCUUGGAGAUGUGUUUGUUUCGGCGGAAAAGUCGGGAAAGUGUUGGUUGAACUUUGUAGAGGAAUGA